CACUGGUUAUGAAUGCAGCACUUUCAUUUUCUUCACCAACUCCAACGAUGCGCAAGAUUCCAUUUCCCUACAGAAGGCAGAAAACUACAUGCCCUCAUAAUCAAGAUUGGUUUAUACAAGUGUUCCUUAAAGCUUUGCAACAAUCUCAUAGACAUGUAUGGCAAAUGUGGCCUUCUUGAUGAUGCCUUACAACUGUUCGACGAAAUGCCCCAAAGAGAUUUAGCUUCAUGGGCCUCUGUUUUUACUGCACACAACGAAGCUAAUCAACCCCAGAACACUCUUUUCCUCUUUCCCAAUAUGUUUUUAGAUGGUCUUUGGCCUGACCAUUUCGUUUUUGCUAGUGUUGUUAAGGCUUGUGCUAAUUCGGGUGCGUUGAGAGUUGGUAAACAAGUGCAUUGCCAGUUCUUGAAAUCGGUGUUUUCGGUUGAUGAUGUUGUUAAGUCUUCGUUAGUUGAUAUGUAUGCGAAAUGUGGAUUGCCUGAUAAUGCAAAAUCGGUUUUUGACUCGAUUUUGGUUAAGAAUUUGAUUUGUUCGAGUGCAAUGAUAUCGGGGUAUGCUCGUUGUGGGAGGAAGAAUGAAGCUUUUGUGCUACUAGGGAAUUUGCCAGAAAAGAAUUUGCAAUGUUGGACUGCUUUGAUAUCGGGGUUUGUGCAAAAUGGGAACUGGAUUGAUGCCGUUGAUGUAUUUCUUGAAGUAAGAAGAGAAGGGGUUGAUAUGAGGGACCCGUUUAUUCUUUCGAGUAUAGUAGGAGCUUGUGCUAGCUUAGCUGCACUGCAGCUCGGGAAACAGAUUCAUCGAUUAGUUUUAGGCCUCGGUUAUGAAUGUAGUUUGUUUGUUAGCAAUGCCCUUGUGGAUAUGUAUGCUAAAUGUAGUGAUAUUGUGGAAGCUAAGAGAAUAUUUGAUAGCAUGUUGACAACAGAUGUUGUAUCUUGGACCUCAAUUAUUGUCGGGAUGGCACAGCACGGGCAAGCUAUUGAAGCGUUGUUGUUAUAUGAUGAUAUGAUCUUGGCUGGCCUUAAGCCAAAUGAAGUAACCUUUGUUGGAUUAAUCUAUGCUUGUAGUCAUGUUGGAUUAGUAAACAAAGGCAAGAAUCUUUUUAAAUCCAUGAUUGAGGAUUAUAAGUUAAGUCCUUCUCUGCAGCAUUAUACGUGCUUGUUAGAUCUGUUUAGUCGUUCAGGUCACCUUGAGGAUGCUGAGAACCUUCUUAACACGAUGCCAUUUCAGCCUGAUGAAGCUGUUUGGGCUGCUUUAUUAAGUGCUUGUAAGCAACAUGGAAAUACUGAAAUGGGAGUCAGGGUCGCUAAUCGCUUACUACUUCUCGGACCAAAAGAUCCUUCAACUUGUAUACUGCUUUCAAAUACAUAUGCUGGUGCAGCUCUAUGGGACAAUGUAUCUAAGUUGAGGAAGCAGCUGGCAAAUUUGGAAGUUAGGAAAGAACCUGGUUAUAGUUCUAUUGAUUCAGGAAAAGAAACUACGACGUUCUAUGCUGGAGAGGCAUUGUAUCCAAUGAAGGACGCGAUAUUUUCCCUCCUAAAGGAAUUUGAUUCUGAGAUGAGGAAGAGAGGUUAUAUUCCUGACACCACAUUCGUUUUGCAUGAUAUGGAACAGCAAGAGAAGGAAAGACAGCUCUUUUGGCAUAGUGAGAGAUUAGCUGUGGCUUAUGGAAUUCUGAGGACUGUUCCUGGAUCAGUAAUAAGGGUGGUGAAAAACCUCCGAAUUUGUGGCGAUUGUCACACCGUUAUAAAGUUUAUAUCAAGCAUUACAAACCGAAAAAUUGUCAUUAGAGAUGCAAAUAGAUUCCAUCACUUCAAUGAGGGGACAUGUUCAUGUAAUGACUUCUGGUGAUUGUACUGUCAGCUGUUAGGUGUCUACACUCUAUUGACAUCGAUCCUUGGACACAGAGGCGGAGCCAAAAUUUG